AUGGAGGCGCCGGCCGAACUGCUGGCCGCGCUACCGGCGCUGGCCACGGCGCUGGCGCUGCUGCUCGCCUGGCUGCUGCUACGGCGUGGGCCAGCCCCGGCCCCGGCCCUGGUCCCCGCCCCGGCCCCGGAGAGCGCGGCCCCGGCCGAGGCCCCCGGGGCUCCCGCACCGCCUCAGCCUCCGGAGCCCUACGCCCCGGAGCCCUCACCCGCAGAGCCGCCGUGCCAGCCCGAGCGCUUGGCGGAGCCGGGGGAGCCCGAGGCGGAGGAGCCAGCGGCCGAGGGGAGGCAGGAUGAAGAGCAAGACUCUGACAGUGAGACGGGGCCGCCCACUGAAGAGCCUGAGGAAGAGGAUGGAGCAGCCUUCUCCUUUAAGUACAGCCCUGGGCAGCUGAGGGGAAGCCAGUACAAGAAGAUGAUGACCAAAGAAGAACUGGAGGAGGAACAGAGAGUUCAGAAAGAACAGCUGGCUGCCAUCUUCCAGCUCAUGAAGGACAACAAGGAGACGUUCGGUGAGAUGUCGGACGGCGACAUGCAGGAGCAGCUCCGGCUCUAUGACAUGUAGACCUGUCGCCCAGCAAGAUGUGACCCAGGACAUCCAUACAACCCUGAGAGACUUGGUCUGGGCAGUCGUGAUUGGAGACUUCUGCAGGACCCUGUGUUAUAGGAUUUG